GUUGCCCAUCUAUCUGUAACGAUGGGGCGUCGUCUUCGUCACCAUCUUCGUCUAUCCAUGACGACGGGACGUCGUCGUCGCCAUCUUCGUCGCGUUGAGGCUCAGAGCAGCAGCCACAGCAGGGAGAUCCCUAGGGAGAUGAUCCAAGAGAUCCUAGUGAAGCUGCCGACAAAGGACGUGGCCCGGUGCUACUGCGUCUCGAGGCUGUGGCGCAGUGUCGUCAGCGAGCCCUCCUUUCGCCGUCUCCACGCCGCCAACUACGCCACCGCCUUGUCGGCGGACGCAGAUGUCUUGUUCGUCUUGACGACGUGUGAGCCGGGCCGGAGCGACGAGGCCAGCAUCUUCAGCAUGUCUUCGGGCAAGGCCAUGUUCUCCUUCGACAUCCCCAGUGUCUACGACCUCGCCAACGUCUGCAACGGCCUCCUCUGCUAUGUGCACGGCAGCGGCCCCGAGGCACCGGCGGUGGUAUGUAACCCUGUCACCGGCGAGACGCUGGCGCUUCCCAGGGCGCCGCCGCUCACAGGAACCAAGGAUAAGACACAUCUCUUCGCCUUGGGAUUCAGUCCACCCACCAAUGAGUAUAAGCUGUUCAGGUUCUCUAAGGUGCACAUGGCCGUGUACACCUUAGGCGACACUCGGCGCUGGCGGCAGCACUCAUUCCACUCACCGUCUCAUCCGGCUGAAAUCCCGACUUGGCCGCCACUGCUGAUCGACGGCAAGCUGUAUGUGCUGACGAUAGGUUGGAAGCGAGUGUUGGUAGUCGAUGUGCUUACUGAGACAUACCGCACGCACCGUCUGCCAGAGCAUGAGACUCUCGACUAUGCCAAGCAGCUAGUGGGUGCCUUCGAGCUCGACGGCUAGUUGUGCUUCGUCAAACACGUCUGUUACGUGGGCCUCCACUUUUGGGUCAUGUCGCUGCCGGAGGAUGACAAGCCUCCACAGUGGGAUCUGCGCUAUAACUUCCAUAUCAAGGAACCAUUCUACAUCUUCAGGCCAUGGAGCGCCUGGGUUGACAAUGGCGACAAGAUGCUCUGCUACAUGAACGAUGAAACUUUGUACAAGUAUGACACCAGAACAUGCUCACCGCUGAUGCCUGACCAGGGUCAACAGCUGCGGUGGGACCAAAGGCUCCAAAUCCCGAUGUUUCGAAUAUCAGGGGAAAUUUUUAAAUGCCACUUUAGAAUCCGUGGGGGUUAUCGUCCCACCCUGCUCUCGCCUCUCACCUUUGCGUUACCGCCUUCCCAAGAUGACGAAGACAGAGAAAAAUAUAGACACCGAUUCAGGCACACCUUGUCAAGUGUACUAUAUGGUGCCAUCAGCAAAUUAAGAAGAAGAAAG